AUGCCCGGCUCUGUGAUACUCAUCGUCGACGCCCCCAUUCCAUGUCUCGGACCGGGCUCGGCGGCCACCGAUGCUCUCGCUUCUAUUCCUCCUGACCUGUCAUCGUGCGUUCGCAAGAUGCAUGGCGGCCACGGCGGGAAGAAGAAGAAGACGGGGGUGAAGAAGAAGACGGGGGUGAAGAAGAAGGAUGACGGCGACGCGGAUCAUGCUGUCGGCGCCGAGGUAGGUCUAAAUCAUAUUGCCGGCGUGAAUCCAGGUCCAGGUCAUACUGUCGUCGUGAAUCCAGGUCCAAUGUAUAUCUUCGGCGUGGGUCUGAAUCAUACUCUUGACGUGAAUGUAUGUCUAGGUCAUAUCGUCGAUGCGAAGCAGUAUCCAGUUGAUAUUCUCGACGAGAGCCAGGGUCUAGUUCAUAUUCUCGGCGUGGGGCUGGCUCGACUUCACAUUCUCGCCGCAGGUCCAGGUCUGAAUCGUGCUGCCGACGCGGUUCUAGGUCGAGAUCAUAGGGUCGACGUGAAUCCAGGCUUGGAUCAUAUUGCCCAUGGGAACUUGGGCCCAGUUCGUAUUCUUGACCUGGAUCUGGGUCUACUUCAGCUUCUUGGCGAAAAUCCAAAGCUGGAUCAUGCUGUUGACGAGGCUUCAGGUCUGCAUCGGGUUGUCGACGCGGAGCCAGGCUUAACUCAUGGUGUCCACGGGGAGGCAAGCUCAAGUCAUGGUCCGAAGACAUUCUUGUCAGUCGAGCAUGCCGUAUUCCUGGUACCAAUUUGUGUUAUCCGCUGUCGGGACGCAGACUUAGCGGAGUAA